GGCGCAGCCUCGGGGACCCAUGGGGCGCGGGGGUCCUGGUCGGUGACGCCGGACGCCCAUGGACGCCCCUGAGGAGCCGCUGCCGCCGGUGAUCUACACCAUGGAGAACAAGCCCAUCGUCACCUGUGCUGGAGAUCAGAAUUUGUUUACCUCUGUCUAUCCAACACUCUCCCAGCAGCUUCCCCGGGAGCCGAUGGAAUGGAGAAGGUCCUAUGGCCGGGCUCCAAAGAUGAUUCACCUGGAAUCAAACUUUGUUCAGUUCAAAGAGGAGCUGCUGCCCAAAGAAGGAAACAAAGCUCUGCUCACGUUCCCCUUCCUCCACGUCUACUGGACGGAGUGCUGCGAUACUGAAGUGUACAAAGCUACAGUGAAAGACGACCUGACCAAGUGGCAGAAUGUUCUGAAAGCUCAUAGCUCUGUGGACUGGCUCAUAGUGGUAGUUGAAAAUGAUGCCAAGAAAAAAAACAAAACCAACAUUCUUCCCCGAACUUCUAUUGUGGACAAAAUAAGAAAUGACUUUUGUAAUAAACAGAGUGACAGGUGUGUUGUGCUCUCUGACCCCCUAAAGGACUCUUCUCGAACUCAGGAAUCUUGGAAUGCCUUCCUGACCAAGCUCAGGACACUAUUGCUCAUGUCUUUUACCAAAAAUCUCGGCAAGUUUGAAGAUGACAUGCGGACCUUGAGGGAGAAGAGGACCGAAGCAGGCUGGAGCUUCUGUGACUACUUCAUGGUUCAGGAGGAGCUCGCCUUUGUCUUUGAGAUGCUACAGCAGUUUGAAGAUGCCCUGGUGCAGUACGACGAGCUGGAUGCCCUGUUCUCGCAGUAUGUCGUCAACUUUGGGGCUGGGGAUGGUGCCAACUGGCUGACUUUUUUCUGCCAGCCGGUGAAGAGCUGGAAUGGACUGGUGCUCCGCAAGCCCAUAGACAUGGAGAAGCGGGAACUGAUCCAGAGGCAAGCAGCCACCCUGCUGGACCUGCGCAGCUACCUGUUCUCCCGCCAGUGCACCUUGCUCCUCUUCCUGCGGCGGCCCUGGGAGGUGGCGCAGCGCGCCCUGGAGCUGCUGCACAGCUGCGUGCAGGAGCUGAAGCUCCUGGAAGUCUCUGUCCCGCCUGGUGCUCUAGACUGCUGGGUGUUUCUGAGCUGUUUGGAGGUGUUGCAGAGGAUAGAAGGUUGCUGUGACCGAGCACAGAUAGACUCCAACAUUGCCCACAUGGUGGGUCUGUGGAGCUAUGCCACCGAAAAGCUGAAGGCCUUGGGAUACUUGUGUGGACUUGUGUCAGAAAAGGGGCCCAAUUCAGAAGAUCUCAACAGGACAGUUGAUCUUUUGGCAGGAUUGGGAGCUGAGCGACCAGAAACGGCCAAUACAGCUCAGAGUCCCUAUAAGAAACUCCAGGAAGCGCUGUCAUCGGUGGAGGCCUUUGAAAAGCACUACUUGGACCUGUCCCAUAACACCAUUGACAUGUAUACGAGUGUUGGGAGGACGCGCUCUGCCAAGCUUGUUGGGAAGGACCUGGCAGAGUUCUACAUGAGGAAAAGGUCACCACACAAGGCAGAGACCUAUCUUCAGGGAGCUUUGAAAAACUACCUGGCUGAGGGCUGGGCCUUGCUUGUCACACACACCAGGAAGCAGCUAGCCGAGUGCCAAAAGCAUCUUGGGCAGAUGGAAAACUACCUGCAGACUAGCAGCCUUCUGGCCAGCGAUCAGCACCUGACCGAGGAAGAGCGGAAGCACUUCUGCCAGGAGAUACUCGGUUUUGCCGCCGAGCAAGAAAACAGCCCAGGUCACAAGGUAGUGCUGCCUAUGCACUCGUUUGCACAGCUGAAAGAUCUACAUUUUGACCCUCCCAACGCUGUGGUCCAUGCGGGUGGCAUAUUGACUGUGGAGAUAACGGUGUGCAGCCUGAUGCCUGUCCCUGUCCAUGUGGACCAGAUUGCUGUCAGUGUCCACUUCAGCAUUGAAAAAAACAGCUACCGGAAGACUGCUGAAUGGCUGACCAAGCACAAGACAGCCAACGGGAUGAUCACCUUUCCAGCUGAGACCGCCCUGUUCCCUGCGUCCCAGAACAGCCUACCUGCCCUGGAGUUGUCUGAGGUGUUGGAGAGAAGCCCUUCCGAUAAUUCUUUGAAUACAACAGGGAUCAUUUGCAGAAAUGUCCACAUGCUCCUGAGGAGGCAGGAAAGUGGCUCCUCUCUAGAGACAUCCUCUGGGGUGGCCCUGGAGGAUGGGUCUCAUGUGCUGAGGUGCAGCAGUGUGACUCUGGAGCCGGGAGCCAACAAGAUAGAGUUCAGGACGCAGGCCAAGGAACCCGGGACAUACACGCUGCGGCAGCUGCGGGCCUCAGUGGGCCCCGUGUGGUUUGUUCUUGCGCACAUUCACCCUGUUGUGCAGUAUGACGUGUAUUCUCAGGAGCCUCUGCUGCAUGUGGAGCCAUUGGCUGAUAGCCUUUUGGCUGGCAUUCCUCAGAAGGUCAAGUUCACUGUCACUACUGGUCAUUAUACAGUAAAAAAUGGGGACAGUCUGCAGCUUAGCAAUGCAGGAGCCAUGCUCAUCUUAUGUCCGACGGAGAACAGAGCCGUGAUCUACUCCAACUCAAGAGAGGAGUCCUCCACUGCCCUGCUCCGGAUCCAGUCCUCCGACAAGGUCACAAGCAUAGGUCUGCCUGCUGCCCCUGCAUACCACGUGAUUGAGUUUGAGCUGGAGGUUCUGUCUUCACCGUCAGCUCCAGCUGCUGAAGAGGAUACUAGUAUGCUGGGGACGCCAGAGCCCCAUAGGAAGCAGAAGGACACACAGAGAGCUGGCCCUUGCAUGGUCACCACAGACCACAAGGUGUCCAUUGAUUGCCCGUGGUCAAUCUACUCCACUGUCAUUGCACUGACAUUCAGUGUGCCCUUCAGGACCACACAUUCCCUGCUCUCUGCUGGAACCCGGAAAUAUGUGCAAAUCUGUGUCCAGAAUCUGUCAGAUCUUGACUUUCAGCUGUCAAAUAGUAAUCUGGAAGACAUGGGCCAUGCUGCUGCCCUUCAGCUAAUCCCCCUGAACACACAGUCUCGUCAGCACAUCCACAGCCAGCAGUCAGUGUUCUUUGUCUGGGAGUUGAUGUGGACCCGGGAGCUGCCCCCUCCGCUGCAUUGCCGCUUCUCUGUUGGAUUCUCCCCUGCCUCUGAAGAGCGGCUGUCUGUCUCCUUAAAGCCCUACACUUAUGAAUUUCACGUGGAGAAUUUUUUUACACUGUAUGGUGUGAGGGCUGAGAUCCUACCCCCGCCAGGAGCGGAGUACUGCAGGACCGGCUCACUCUGCUCCUUGGAGGUGUCCAUCACGCGGCUGGCUGACCUCCUAGAAGUGGACAAGGACGAAGCACUUGUGGAAUCCGAUGAGUAUUUUUCAACGAAGCUUAUGUAUGAAGUUGUGGACAACAGCAGCAACUGGGCAGUGUGUGGGAAGAGCUGUGGUGUCAUCUCUAUGCCUGUUGCUGCCCAGGCCACCCACAGAGUCCACAUGGAAGUCAUGCCUCUCUUCGCGGGCUACCUCCCCUUGCCCGAUGUCCGGCUGUUUAAGUACCUUCCCCACCACUCGGCACAUGCUUCCCAACUGGACGCUGACAGCUGGAUAGAGAACGACAGCCUGUCCGUUGACAAGCACGUGGACGACCAGCUGGACUGCAGCAGUGUGCGGAGCAGAGGCAGCAUACACUCGGCCACCAGCAGUGAGCACAAAGGUUUGCCCAUGCCCCGCCUGCAGGCUCUGCCCACCGGCCAGGUCUUCAACUCCAGCACUGGCAUGCAAGUCCUGGUCGUUCCCAGCCAAGAUGACCAUGUCCUAGAAGUCAGUGUGACCUGAAAAUGCCAUGGGCAGAGGAUGCCACAAAGUGGCUGAGUGCACUUUAGGGAUUGUGGCUGGAUCGUUGUCUGUGGUAACAUGCUAGCUAUAACCAGACUCUGGUGGUCCUGCUGUCCAUGGAAACAACAGAGAACAGAGUCCUUCAGCUGCUCCGUGGAGUAAACGUCACCUCAUGUUGUCUGUGGCAGAAUUUGUUAUUUUCUCCUCCCCGUCCUGGUGUCCCUAGCUUCCCUCCCUUCCACCCGCCCUCCUUACUGCUCUUCAAGGCUGUCACCCUUGGGCUCCACCCUGCAGCCUCCCCUCUGCUGGCUUUGCGUGCACUUCCUUUUGCCUGUCGGUAGACACUGUGUGUCCUUCUGGUCACAUGGCUGCCCAUUUCCUGGACCCAAAGAACUGUGGGCCUGGGAGUGGGGGCGGGAGGGAGCAUUACCCCUUCUGUGCCUUGGGAAGCCUGGCAGACUGUGAGGGCCACCUGCAGGAGCCGUGUGAAAGGUACUUGAGAACAGCUAGAAGCUCAGAGUGGAGACGGCUUAGGAAAAAUGUUCUGGAUCUCUGAUUCCCCUAAAUGUUGGUUGAUUAUCAUAUGCACUUGGAAUUAAAUAUAUAUUUAUUUUAAUUGUCAUAUGUGGGGGUGAAUAUGUUUUCUCUCACUUUAAAGUCUGCUUAUAUAACUGUAGCUAUAUAAUCAACAUCUUUUGCACCUUAAGUCUUAGACGUCGAGUUGCUCCAUCAGAAGGAAUAUCAGAGGGGCCUUGUGUACUCCGGUCUGGUAGGGAAGGACUCAGGGCCUAGAGGAACCUCUGCCAGUCCACGUGGUUGCAGUCAUACCGCACCAACGGGUUCAUUUACUUUUGGUUGUAAAUUUAAUUGUAUAUAUGGUUGAUUUAUUAUUUUUAAAAGUAAAGACUAACUGAUGUAAUGUUUAUUAUAAGUUGCACCAAAAAAAAAAAUCAAGGACAAAAUAAAUGUGUGUUUGUUUUUACUGGUGUGAAAGUCCCAGCUUGUAAAUAUUUGUUGUAUGUAUUAAACAUUUUCAGCUCUCCAAA